UUUUUUUUUCUGUGCACUUGGAUGGCUUCUGGAGGAGCUCUUAUUACACCAUCCAUGCUUUGGGAGUGAGGGUGUAAUUUUAUCUGGAAACCAUCUUGUGUGAUGCACAUAUUUUUCAUGAGACAUGGAGAAGCCAAGUACUGUGGUCUUUUCAAUAUUUAAUUGCUAAUCUUGUCUCCCCUGAAUGCACUCGGAACACACAUAAACGUGGGGAAAAUUUAUGGGGCUUAUAUACGCCUCUGCUGAUGCCCACGACACCUUCUGCUGUCUCAAUGUCGUCUCGUGGUGCUCAGUCUCAACUCCAUCGGUGAAAGUGCCGGAGGUGUGCACCAUAUACUGUGAGGGGGGCAUAGUUUAUUCGUUUCGUUGUGCUUGUAUUGUGGUGCUCUUUGGGAAAAUGACGCGAAUUUUGGAUGUGCCUCUCGUCCGGAUGGAUGGCCCAAUUGAUGGCCCAAUAAAUACCCAAGUGACCACCCAGCUGAGGAGCUACAGCAAGUGGGCACCCUGCGAACAGGGUGUGACAAUGGUAUGGCGCGAUCUCAGUAUUUAUGCACUAACUGGAGGCAAUUCAAGCACCCAACAUAGGGGUCUCAAGCGCAUCAUCAAUAACGUGACGGGUGUUGUGAGAUCUGGAACAUUGAUGGCACUGAUGGGGGCCAGUGGUGCCGGGAAGAGUACCCUCAUGUCAGCACUGGCGUGCAGGGAGGCACCGGGGACCAUCAUUCACGGUGAUAUACUGGUCAAUGGGCGAAAAGUGGGACCAUUUAUGCACACCAUGAGUGGUUUUGUGCAUCAAGAAGAUCUCUUUGUGGGCACCUUAACCGUCCUCGAGCACCUCACUUUUAUGGUGAAUCUCAAAGUGGAUCGACGUAUGUCACAGAGGGACAAGGAGCACCUCAUAGAUGAACUCAUUCAACGAUCUGGAUUGACAAUGUGCACAAAUACCCGAAUUGGGCACGCUGGGGAUGGGAAGGUGCUCUCAGGGGGUGAAAAGAAGAGGCUGGCAUUUGCCACCGAGCUCAUAACGAAGCCCAAUAUUCUCUUCUGCGAUGAACCCACAACCGGGUUGGAUUCCUUCUCAGCUCGGUACAUUGUGCGAACGCUGCAAGAUCUCGCACGACAGGGUACAGCAAUAAUUUGCACCAUUCACCAACCCUCCAGUGAACUCUUUUCAAUGUUCCACGAAGUUAUGCUCCUCACAGAGGGACGGGUAGCUUUUAUGGGUCCACCGCGGGAUGCUCUGGCAUUUUUCGCGGAGCACGGACAUCAAUGCCCCGAUAAUUACAAUCCAGCGGAUUUCAUGAUUGGCCUCCUGGCCACUUAUCCGGGAGAUGAGAACACAUCCAGGCGUACAGCUCAUCGCAUUUGUGAUUUGUUUGCGGUGAGCCCAAUGGCUGAGCAACGCGAUAUUGUGGUGAACCUUGAAUACCAUAUGGCCGAGAAGGCGGAAUUUGACAUUGAGGGACACCAUGGGAGAAGAAUGCGCAAUCUGCGCUGGUAUAAGAAGAUUUAUUGGCUCGUUUAUCGUGCUUUCCUGUCGGUGACACGCGAUUCGAGCAUUCAAACACUGAGGAUUGUACAAAAAAUCGGUAUUGCCAUAACAGCGGGAUUGUGCUUUAUUGGUGCUGUGGAUAAAACACAAAAGGGCAUCCAGGCGAUGCAAGGUGUAAUUUUCAUUUGUGUCUCAGAAAAUACCUUCGUCCCCAUGUACUCAGUCCUCUCGACAUUCCCACAAGACUUCCCAUUGCUGCUGCGGGAGAAAAAGUCCGGCCUCUACAGCAUCGGUCAAUACUACAUUGCCCACUUAUUGGCAAUGACACCGGGCUUAGUGUUCGAACCACUCAUCUUCAUGUGCAUCGGCUACUGGCUCAUGGGAUUGCGACAGACCUUCUAUGCUUUUGGCAUGACCGUACUGGCUGCCAUUAUGUCAAUGCAUGCCUCUACAGCAUGUGGCUACUUCUUCUCGGCAGUCUUCAACAAUGUCCCCCUUGCACUGGCAUGUCUUGUACCCUUUGACAAUGUUCUCAUGAUGACAUCCGGUAUCUUUAUCCAACUUGACACACUUCCGGAGUACCUGGCAUGGACCAAAUACUUAUCAUGGCUAAUGUACUCAUCUGAGACUAUGGCCAUUGUUCAGUGGGAGAAUAUUUACAAUAUAAGUUGCCCAGUCGAACCCAAUUUGCCGUGCUUGGAAAAUGGGGAUGCCGUGUUGGAUCAAUACAGCUUCUCAGCCAACAAUCUGACCAGAGAUUUAUGUGCACUUUGUGGCUUUUACGUGGUCUUCCAUUUUCUUGCCUAUUUAUUUCUCUGGCGCAGAACAAAGAAAUAGCCACCAAUUGUAUUCAACUUCAUCACCACACUCCUCGCACUGACUCAGAGAGACCAUCGAUUAUGAACCAUCAAGAGGUCAUCGUCACAAUAGGCUCUAAAGCAUCCCCCUUUUGUCAGGAAUCCACGCGAAUUCCCCACCCUCAUGAAAAAAUUCACCCCCUUGUUGCUCUUUUAUCGCGAAAAUUUUGUGUAUAUAUAUUUUAAUUAAUGUCACGACAAGAGUGCCUCAGUGUACUUAAUAAGCUGUCGCUUUUUCGAGAGUUAAUUAUAAAUGGAAAUCUCUUUGUAAGUGAAGUAUAUAGAUUUUAAUGAGAAAUAAAUUUUGUGCAAAUU